CCAAAGAACGCAAUCAUCAAAACUGUUCAGAGUAAAGGGACGAAACGCACUUUAUAAACAUUUAGAAUCAUAGCAAAAGCAUUAAAAGCAUAGAAGCUUUUGUUUAAACUAUUUGGAUCUUUAGAGAGCUCGAAUGAAAAAAAAGUUAAAUAAACAAAAAAUAUAAUUUAAAAAAAUAAAAUUGGAUCAAAGUUUUUAUAGUGUUAAUUUUAGAUCGAUUCUGUGUUAUUUGACAUUUUAACACUAACUGUAUUACAAUGAACACGCAAAGUCCAAACGGAGAAUUUGCUGGAUCUGUAGGAUUGGUGACAGGAGCCGGUCGAGGAAUUGGUUUUGCAAUCGUCGACGAGCUGCUAAAAUACGGUGCUUGUGUUUCACUAUUAGAUAUUAGCGAAGAAACGGGAAACAAAGCGAUAAGUGAAUUAGAAAUCAAAUACAAAUCGUCUUCAAGUAGAUUAUUAUUCAUAAAGUGUGAUGUUACCAAUAAAAUCGAAUUCGAAGACGCUUUUAAGAAAACUAUUGAAAAAUUUGGAAAAAUAAACAUUGUCGUUAAUAAUGCUGGUAUCAUGACCAAAUAUAUUACUUCAUGGGAGCUAGCUAUCGAUUUAAAUUACAAAGCUGUAGUUCAUGGUACCAUACUAGGUCUCAAAUACAUUGAAAACAAAAUAGAUAGAAAUUCUGCAGUUAUUAAUGUAGCAUCGAUAGUUGGACUAUCAAACUCUAUCUUACCCAUGUACCAAUCGACCAAAAGAGCCGUUAUAGAAUUCACAAAAAGUAUUGGAUGUUCGUUCAAUACAAAAGCACAUGAAAAUAACGUUAGAGUUAUGGCUAUCUGUCCCGGCCCUACAUUUGACGGAUUGGAUAAUAACAUUGAUGAGAAAAACUCUCUAGAGCACGAAAUCCAGGAGUUAAUAACCAGUGGUGAAGAGACCCCAAAUCCAAAUAGAGUAAUAAUAAUACAAAACUCUGAUUAUUAUAAAGCUGCAUUCCUUCACGUUAUGAAAAACGGCCAAAGUGGAGACAUUUGGAUUGCUGAAAAUAAAGAGCCAGCAAGACUUACACAUUUCUACACUCAAUAUUAAAUAUCGAUUUCUUUAAUUUUAUAAAUACUAAUAAAUUAUGAUAAAAUAUUUAAUUAAGACAUUUAUUUAAUUGGCUAAAAAAGUUAUAAUAAAAUAUAAUUUUGUACUAGAA